AGCCAGGACAGAGCAAAGGCGCGUCCUGCCCUAAAGACCCGAGAGGCAAAGUUUCAGUUUCGUUUCCCCGGAGGUCCCUCCCUGUUCCCCGCAGAGCCGCCGCCUCUCUUGCUCUGCCAUCUCCCAGGGCCAUCACUCGAAGCAGGUCACCAUCGCCUGGAUCAACAGACUACACUUGGACACACAAACGGGUGUAAACAUCUGGAGACCCACGUGGGACCUGAAGAAUGUCCUAUUACAUGGGUACAGGAGCGGCAGCUCCCACUGAAAGACCAGGUAUGAUCGCCUCACUCUCCCUCUCACUUAGGAAAGCCUUUGCUGAGCUCUUUCCUCAGUGCAGAAGAGGGCACUCGGAAGGAGACUACCUCCCCCUCGGGGGCUCAGCCAACAGUUCUCUUGAACAACACUAUCGAUGGCAAAUUCCCAUUAAACACAGCGUCUUUGAAAUUUUAAAAAGCAAUGAGAGUCAGCUAUGUGAAGUCCUCCAGAAUAAGUUUGGAUGUAUCUCUACCCUGAGCUGUCCAACUCCAGCAGGAAGCAGCUCUUCUGCUCAGAGGGUCUUCAGAAGGAUGCUGACCCCCGGGAUAGAGUUAUCUGUCUGGAAGGACGACCUCACCAGACAUGUUGUUGAUGCUGUGGUGAAUGCAGCCAAUGAAGACCUUUUGCAUGGAGGUGGCCUGGCCGGAAGCUUGGUGAAAACUGGUGGCUUUGAAAUCCAACAAGAGAGCCAGAGAUUCGUUGCCACCUAUGGUAGAGUCCCAGUUGGUGGAUACGCUGUCACCACAGCGGGGAGGCUUCCUUGCCAUUUUAUUAUCCAUGCGGUUGGACCUCAGUGGACACUUAUGGACAGCCAGACAGCUAUCGAAUUCCUGAGAAUCGCCAUUAGGAACAUUCUAGACUAUGUCACCAAACGCAAUACAUACAUUAAGACAGUAGCAAUUCCAGCCUUGAGCUCUGGAAUUUUCCAGUUCCCUCUGGAUUUGUGUACAUGUAUAAUUUUAGAAACUAUCUUCCUUUAUUUCCAAGACAAGCAAAUGAAUGGUAAUUUGAGAGAGAUUCAUCUGGUUAGCAAUGAAGACCCCACUGUUGAGUCCUUUAAAUCCGCCUCAGAAAUCAUCCUAGGGAAGGAACUGAACUCCUGGGAGAGUCCAGAAACUAACCCUGUUUCCAACAUGACUCUUCACAUUGGCCAGGGCCUGACUGUCCAGAUUGUUCAAGGCUGCAUUGAACUGCAAACAACAGAUGUAAUUGUUAAUUCUGCACAGGCGCAUAAUUUAAAACUGGGAAAGGUGGCACAGUCUAUUCUUAAACAAGCAGGAGCUGAAAUGGAAAGGGAACUUGACAAGAUUAACCUGUCCUCAGAUCAUCAAGUGGUAUGGGUCACAAAAGGAUUUAAAUUGUCCUGUCAGUAUGUGUUCCAUGUGGCAUGGCAUUUCCAAAUCCAAAAACACCAGAUACUGAAAGAAGCAAUGAAGUCCUGUCUAGAAAAAUGCCUUAAACCAGAUAUAAAUUCCAUUUCCUUUCCUGCUCUUGGGACAGGAAUGAUUGAUUUGAAGAAGAGUACAGCAGCUCAGAUAAUGUUUGAGGAAGUUUUUGAAUUCGCUAAAAAGCACAAGGAAAAAACGCUAACUAUAAAGAUUGUGAUCUUUCCAGUAGAUGGGGAGACAUACAAGGUUUUUUGUGCUGAAAUGACAAAAAGGUCCAAUGAGCUAAAUUUCAGCAGCAAUAAUGCUCUGCAAUGGACCAGAGGGGAGCAAAGAAGAGGCGGCCUUGAAGAUGGAUCUCCUGCCAUCAAUCUCAUGGGUGUAAAAGUGGGAGAGAUGUGUGAGGCCCAGGAAUGGAUUGAAAGGUUGCUGACCUCCCAGGACCACCAUAUCAUUGAGAACAACCAUAUUCUCUACCUUGGGAAAAAAGAACAUGACAUGCUGUCUCAGCUCCAGACAAGUUCAAGCGUCUCCAUUUCAGAGACGGUUAGUCCAACAACGGCAACUUUAGAGAUUAAAGGUUCCCAGGCUGACCUCAUUGAAGCAGUUAUGAAGAUUGAAUGCAUGCUGUGUGAAGUUCAGGAAGAAGUGGCAGGAAAAAGGGAGAAAAGUCUUUGGAGCUUUUCAGGACAGGGGACCAACCAGCAAGGAAAACCAGACGAAUGGAAGAAAAUGGAAGAAUCGUGCACAUUUCAACGAUACCCAGUAUCUUUAACUCAGGAGUUUCAGGACCGAAAGAAACAGUUUGAAAAGUGUGGCUUGUGGGUUGUGAAGGUGGAGCAGAUAGACAAUAAGGUGCUGCUGGCCGCCUUCCAAGAGAAGAAGAAAAUGAUGGAAGAGAGGAUGCCAAAGGGAUCUGAGAGCCGAAGGUUGUUUCAGCAGGUCCCACAUCAGUUCUGCAAUGCUGUGUGCAGAGUUGGCUUCCACAGACUGUACACCACAGCCUACGACCCAGUUUAUGGAGCUGGCAUAUAUUUCACCAGGAGCCUCAAAAAACUAGCAGACAAGGUCAAGAAAACCUCUAGCACUGACAGGCUAAUCUAUGUGUUUGAGGCGGAAGUACUCACAGGGUCUUUCUGUCAGGGUAAUUUCUCAAAUAUCAUCCCUCCGCCAUUGAGUCCCGGGGCCCUAGAUGUUCAUGACAGCGUAGUUGACAGUGUUUCCAGCCCUGAAACCAUUGUUGUUUUUAAUGGCAUGCAGGCCUUGCCCCGGUACUUGUGGACUUGUGCACAGGAUAGGGCGUUCUCACAGCAUCCGAUGUGGUCGCAGGGCUACUCAUCAGGACCAGGAAUGGGCUCUUCUGUGCAGUCCUGGGGAAGGGUCUCAAACGGCAGCCCUGUGUAGUGUCUACAUCAUUUUAACAAGCAGAAGGGGUUGAGAGAACUGACAAGAUGAUGAAUAACAGGUUAUCUGUUCAGAUUGACUGGGUCACUAAAGGCACCAGCUACACACUAGCCUCGUAGUGCCUUCAUCUUUACCUCUGGGCUUGAUUUGGGCAGAUACCAGCUAAAACUUCCUCGAUGUCUUUUCUACUUGACAUCUUUCAUCUCCUUUCCUAUAAGUGACAGCAUGAAUACUUUACAUAGAACAAGGAUAUUUUUUUCAAGCCUGUUAUUUUCUAAAGUGAUAGCACAAACUAGGACAACAGGAUGAUUUCAGGUUUUCUAUAUAAUUUUAUAAAGUGCUUUGGAUAUCCAAAUAAAUCACCUUUGCCUGAGUAA